AUGCUCCAUUUCAUUGGCGUUUUGCCUCAUCGCAAGCUAAGAGAUUUGGCAAAUAAAUAUGGUCCUGUUAUGUACUUACAACUCGGCCAAAUUCCAACUGUUAUCAUUUCUUCGCCUGAAGCCGCUCGAGAAGUGAUGAAAACUCAUGAUGUUAACUUCGCUCAAAGGCCUGCUGUUCUUGUUGCAGAUAUUAUAGCUUAUGGUUGCACAGACAUUGUGUUUGCACCAUAUGGGUACUACUGGAAGCAGUUGCGAAAGAUUUGCAUUAGUCAACUUUUAACUCCAAAAUCUGUGCUAUCUUUCAGAUCAAUCCGGGAAGAGGAGGUGUCCAAUCUUGUUCGAAGGAUUUCUUCAAGGGCAGGAGGAACGAUUAAUCUUAGCAGAGAAAUCUUUUCGAUGACGUUUGGAAUCACGACGAGAGCGGCGUUUGGAGGAAAAAUGAAAGAUCAAGAGGCAUUCUUAUGUGCUAUUCAAGAAGGUAUAGAUCUGGCAGGAGGUUUCACUGCGGCUGAUGUGUUUCCUUCCUUCGAAUUUAUUGACUCAUAG